AUGUCCACCCUCACCUACACCAACCCCACGGGCCGCGGCGCCGACCUCGCCUCCCAAUUCCACUACCACCAAGCCGUGCGCCUCCCCACGCAACCCCCAACCCUCAAACUCGCCGGCCAAGGCGGCUUCAACAAAUCCGACGGCGUGAUACCACAACCCACUUCAUCGGAUGAGAUUUUCAAACAAGUCGACUUCGCCUUCGCAAACGUAGACGACGUGUUGCGUACCGCGGGGUCCAAGAACGGAUGGGGCGACGUGUAUCUCGUGCGCGCGUAUAUGGUCGGGAUGCAGGAUUUUGAUGGCGCGGUGAUUAUGGCUGUGAAGGAGGGGUUAAGGAAGUGGUGUGGGGAGGGGAAUAGGCCGGUGUUGACGGCGGUGGAGGUGAAGGGGUUGGCGUUGGAGGGGAUGGUUAUUGAGGUCGAGGUGGAGGCUUUGAUGCAGUAG